AUGACUUCCCUAAACAUCACCUUCAUCGGCACCGCCACCGCGGUUCUCGAAAUCAACGGAGUCAACUUCAUCACCGACCCCUUCUUCUCGCCCGCCGGGACAGAGUGGGACCAGGGCAUCGUCGUGCUGAAAAUCGCAUCCGGGCCUGCCCUCGGUCUGGCGGACCUCCCAGUCAUCGACGCCGUGCUCUUGAGCCACGAGGACCACCCGGACAACCUGGACGAGCUCGGCCGCCGGCUUCUCGACGGCCGCCGCGUCUUCACCACCCGCGACGGCGCCGGCAAGCUCGCGCCCCGUCCCGGCGUCCGCGGCAUGUCCCCGUGGGAGACGACAACCGCCAGCAUCGGCGGCGGGCGCCUCGAACACCUGCCCGGCGGGGAGUGCGUGGGCUUCGUCCUGUCCGGGCCCGAGUUUGGCCAGACCAACGGGAAGCCCAACGCCAUCUACUUCUCGGGCGACACCGUCUACAUGGAGGAGCUCGCGGGCAUCAAGGAGAGAUUCCACGUCCGGGCCGCGCUGCUGAACCUGGGGGCCGCAUCUGUCCCCGUGUCUGACCCGCCGCUGCAAAUCACCAUGGACGGCAGCCAGGCUGUUCGCUUGAUUGGCGACAUUGACCCCGAUGUGGUGAUACCCAUGCACUGCGACGGCUGGGGCCACUUUGCGGAAAAUAGCUCCCAGGCGGCCAAGGUUUUUGAGGCGGCAAAUAUUGAAAACAAGAUUCGCUGGCUGAAACCGGGCGAGAAGACGCGCAUCAUCUGA